GCCCCAUGUGGAUAAAUUGUAGUUUCAUGUUCUCCUCUGAUUAUUUAAUCAGAUAAUUAACUGUAUUAUCGUGUGAAUCUAUUGCUAAAGCACGUUGUUUCGAUUCAUUUAAGUUUAUCUAUCUAUAUAAAGAAAUAUAUUAACUCUGGGUGUUCUGUUAUCAGAUGAGACUUUGUAUCUUCAACUAACCCGUCAUCUCGAUCUAGAUUUGCACAGUCCCCCACCCCCACCCCGCGGCGCGAAAACAGUUUGCAAAUGGCAAAAGGAAGCAAAGGACGGCGUAGAACUGCUUUUCGGCAAAUCAGGCCAACCCCAUACCCAUUGUCCUCACAUCGUCAAGGGAUCUCCGGGGAUUUGUACCACAAAAAAUUUUCCAAACUUUUGGAUAAGAAAGAUUGGGAAGAUGUAACAUGUUCUGUUUGCAUAGAGUGUCCUCACAAUGCUGUUCUUCUUCUCUGUUCAUCGCAUGACAAGGGCUGCCGUCCCUACAUGUGCGGAACUAGCUUCCGAUACUCAAACUGCCUUGACCAGUACAAGAAGUUCUACACUAAAGUAGUCCCUUCCAAUCAUGAAGAAUCUUUGCAUAGUUCUAUUGGCAAUCCAGUUCUAGCACCAGGGGUUGAGAAGUGUGAAAUGACAGAACUUGCAUGUCCACUUUGCAGGGGUCAAGUGAAAGGAUGGACCGUGGUGGAACCUGCAAGGGAAUAUUUAAAUGCCAAACGGAGAAGCUGCAUGCAGGAUGACUGCACCUUUGUUGGGACUUUUAAGGAACUAAGGAAACACAUGAAAGCAGAUCAUCCUUGUGCUAGGCCACGCGAAGUGGACCCUUCUCUUGAACAGAAAUGGAGAAGGCUUGAACGAGAGCGUGAGAGAGAGGAUGUCAUCAGCACAAUAAGGUCAGCUAUGCCAGGGGCAGUGGUUUUUGGGGAUUAUGUUAUAGAAGGAAAUCAUCGUCGCUUUGAGACAGAUGAAGAGGAUGGUCUUGAUGCAGAUCCUGCAGAAAGGAAUGCGAGUUUUGAAGUAGGCUUAGAUAGUAGUAAUCUCGUAAACUUCUUUCUUCUGCUGCAUGCAUUCGGGCCAUCAGGUAAUAAUGACCUUGCUAGACAACCAACGCAACCCACACAAGCAGCAGAUGAGGAUGCUGUCGAUAUUCGCUACACCUCUCCUGUUGAGGAUCCGGGUUCCUCUGGUCAAGAAGAUGACGAGGAUGAUGGCGGCGAUACUUCUUUGGUUAGCCGCCUUCGCCAGCAUGGCAGACUUCUUUUAGGACGAUCAGGUAGGAGACGUAGACGAAGAGAAGCCACCGGAGGCCAAUUAUAGAAGAAAACUUAUACCUAAAAAAGGAGGGGAAACAAGAAAGGUUACACAUCCUCAUUGUGUUAGGCAAAAGAAAAGGUAAAAACACAAGAA